AAGAACGUGCAGUUGUAGAGUUAGGAACUGAAGCUGUUGAACAUAUUUUCGAAGAGGCUAUAGAUGUUGUGGUUGAAGAAGUCAUACAAUAUAUUAUUGAAGAAGUUGUAGGGGAAACAGUGGUUGAUUGUGUAGUUAAAGAUUUAGUUGAAGAAGUUAUAGCUAUAGAAAGUAUAAAUGAUUUAGAAAGUUCCAAGGCGGAUGAAACACCGUCAAUGGACGAUUUCACACUUGUUGGCGUCCUGGGUAAAGGGAGUUUUAGAAAA